CUGGGGGCCUUUUCCUGUGUUGGGGACUUGCCCGCCAAUGAGGGCCAGGCCCAUCACGUGGGUCUGACAGCUGGGGAGGGGGUGGCCCUGAGUAAUGUGGUCCAGAGAUAGUCAGCACCAGGAGCUGCAGGGUUGAGACCCCCCCAGGCCUGCUGUCCACACCCAGGGCCGCUGGGACUGGCUCCACCAUGUUCUCUAGGAAGAAACGAGAACUUAUGAAAACCCCUUCUAUUUCCAAAAAGAACCGCGCGGGGAGCCCCAACCCACAGUCUUCCUCAGGGGAAUUGCCCAGGAAGGAAUGUGCAGAGGUCCCGGGCCUGGAGCCACCAGCCACAUCCCUGUCCACGGGUGCCAAGGCUACAGGCACACUCAAAAGACCCACCAGCCUGAGCCGCCAUGCCAGUGCCGCUGGCUUCCCACUCUCAGGGGCUGCCACCUGGACCCUGGGCCGGGGAUACCGAAGCCCCUUGUCUGCUGCCAACCCUACAGAGCUUACCAGUGAGGGACCUUUUCCUGAUGGUGUAGAAGAUAUCUCAACCUUGUUGGCUGAUGUUGCCCGCUUUGCUGAGGGCUUGGAAAAACUCAAGGAGUUUGUGCUGCGAGAUGACCUCCUUGAGGCCCGCCGGCCACUAGCCCAUGAGUGCCUGGGUGAAGCCCUGCGUGUGAUGCGCCAGGUCAUCUCCAGAUACCCGCUCCUCAACACCGUGGAGACUCUCACAGCUGCUGGCACGCUCAUUGCCAAGGUCAAAGCCUUCCAUUAUGAGUGCAACAAUGAAUCAGAUAAGAGGGAGUUUGAGAAGGCUCUGGAAACCAUUGCUGUGUCCUUCAGCUGCACUGUCUCUGAGUUCCUUUUGGGUGAAGUGGAUAGCAGUACCCUUCUGGCUGUGCCGCCAGGGGACCCCAGCCAGUCCAUGGAAAACCUUUAUGGAUCCAGCAGCGAGGGGCCCCCACCCAGUGUGGAGGAAUGUGAGGAGGGCUGCCUGCCCCCAGAGGAGGUGGACAUGCUUCUCCAGCGCUGCGAGGGGGGUGUGGACGCCGCCCUGCAAUAUGCAAAAGACAUGGCCAAGUACAUGAAGGACCUCAUCAGCUACCUGGACAAACGGACCACUCUGGAGAUGGAAUUCGCCAAAGGUCUCCAGAAGGUUGUUCACAGCUGCAGACAGAGCAUCACACACGAGCCCCACAUGCCCCUCUUGUCCAUCUACUCACUGGCCCUGGAACAAGAUCUGGAUUUUGGUCACGGCAUGGUGCAGGCAGUGGGCACGCUACAGACUCAGACGUUCAUGCAGCCCCUGACCCUGCGGCGCUUGGAGCAUGAGAGACGAAGGAAGGAGAUCAAAGAGUCUUGGCACCGAGCACAGAGGAAGCUGCAAGAGGCAGAGGCCAACCUGCGCAAGGCCAAGCAGGGCUAUAAGCAACGCUGUGAAGAUCACGACAAGGCCCGGCUCCAGGUGGCCAAAGCCGAGGAGGAGCAACAGGGUACAGGGCCGGGAACGGGGACUGCAGCCUCCAAGGCCCUGGACAAGAGGCGGCGACUGGAGGAGGAGGCCAAAAACAAGGCCGAGGAGGCAAUGGCCACUUACCGCACGUGCGUGGCGGACGCAAAGACACAGAAGCAGGAGCUAGAGGACACAAAGGUGACAGCGCUGCGGCAGAUCCAAGAGGUCAUCAGGCAGAGUGAUCAGACCAUAAAGUCGGCCACCAUCUCCUAUUACCAGCUGAUGCACAUGCAGACAGCUCCUCUGCCAGUGCAUUUCCAGAUGCUGUGCGAGAGCAGCAAGUUGUAUGAUCCGGGCCAGCAGUAUGCAUCACAUGUGCGCCAGCUGCAGCGAGGCGAGGAGCCAGAUGUGCGCUACGACUUCGAGCCUCAUGUCUCCACCAAUGCCUGGUCCCCAAUCAUGCGUACACGGAAGGGCAGCUUCAGCCCUGGGGAUGCUGCAGGACCUGAAGCUGCUGGCAGUCCCCCCGAGGAAGGUGGCACUUCCGAGGGGGCUCCCAGCAAGGACCACAGGGGUGGGCGUGGUCACCAGGUACACAAGUCCUGGCCCAUCUCCAUCUCAGACACUGAAGUCGGCCUGGACGCCAGCUCAGGGGACUUUAAGAAGUUUGAUCGAACCUCGUCCAGUGGGACCAUGUCAUCCAAUGAAGAGCUGGUGGAUCCGGAAGCUGGCCUGGUGACCUCACCCUUUGAUUCAGCUGACCUCAAUGGCAUGGACCCUGAGUUACCUGUGGCCAUGCCCAGCGGACCCUUCCGUCACGUGGGGCUGUCCAAGGCAGCUCGCACACACCGACUUCGGAAACUACGCACGCCAGCCAAGUGCAGAGAGUGCAAUAGCUACGUGUAUUUCCAGGGAGCUGAGUGCGAGGAGUGCUGUUUGGCUUGUCACAAAAAGUGUCUGGAGACUCUGGCCAUCCAAUGUGGCCACAAGAAGCUUCAGGGCCGCCUGCAGCUGUUUGGACAGGACUUCAGCCAUGCAGCCCGCAGCACCCCUGAUGGUGUGCCGUUCAUUGUCAAAAAAUGUGUCUGCGAGAUUGAGCGGCGGGCACUGCAUACCAAGGGGAUCUACCGGGUCAACGGCGUGAAAACACGUGUGGAGAAGCUAUGCCAGGCCUUUGAGAAUGGCAAAGAGCUGGUGGAGUUGUCUCAGGCCUCACCCCACGACAUCAGCAAUGUCCUAAAGCUAUACCUGCGGCAGCUGCCAGAGCCCCUCAUCUCUUUUCGCUUCUACCAUGAGUUGGUGGGGCUAGCCAAGGACAGCCUAAAGGCAGAGGCUGAGGCCAAGGCAGUGAGCAGGACCCGGCAGGAGGGGUCCGAGAGUGAGGAUGCCACCUUGGCCAUGGUUGGCCGCCUGCGUGAGCUCAUGCGGGACCUGCCCACCGAAAACCGAGCCACACUGUUGUACCUGCUGAGGCAUCUGCGAAGGAUCGUGGAAGUGGAGCAGGACAAUAAGAUGACCCCUGGGAACCUGGGCAUCGUUUUUGGGCCCACGCUGCUGAGGCCACGGCCUACAGAAGCCACCGUGUCCCUCUCCUCCCUGGUAGACUACCCGCACCAGGCUCGUGUCAUUGAGACUCUGAUCGUCCACUAUGGCCUGAUCUUUGAGGAGGAGCCAGAGGAGGCACCUGGAGGCCAGGAAGGAACGUCUACCCAGUGUGCUCUGUUGGAGACAGCUGAGGGCCUUGUCUUCCCCCUGCAGGAGACAGAGGAUGGAGGCCGAGAUUCCCGAGUGGCAUCCAAUGACUCAGAUUCGGAACUGGAAGAAGCUUCUGAUCCCGAUCCCCUGUCAUCCUCGGAUGCCAGCGCCCUGCACCGCCUCAGUUUCCUGGAGCAGCCUGAAGCAGAGACAGGUCUUGAAGAAGGUCCCCAGAGCCGCAGUGGCAGCGAGGAGCAACUGGAGGGUGAGGAUGGAUAUCCAGGCCAGCGGCUGUGUUCCUUCAAUAGUAACCAGUCCAACAACACGCCACGGGUCCCUCUGCCUGCCAUGCGGCUCCGAGGGGGCCACAUCACAGGUGACACCAGUGGGGACCGGCAGCCACAGUUCGUCUGAGCUGGCUAGUGAUGCUGGGGACUGUCAACCCACUGUCGGCCAUCUUAGGAUCACUAAGGGCCCUUGACUUGUGGGUUUGGUUCCCCUCAACCCUGAGAAGAGACUCAGGGGCUCUGAUACUGUGGGGUGUGGCUCUACUCAGCUGGACAUUGGUCCCAGAUGGAGUUGCCUGGCCUUUUUGUGCCUGUGCCAAUGUAGCAGCUGGAUUCCCAUGGUACCCUCAUCUGGAUCUUGUGGUUUCCAUCAGCCUGGGGUGCAAGCCACACCCCAUUCUGGAUGUGUAUGGAUGGGUUAGAGGCCAUUCAGGACCUGUGUAGUGGGUACAGGCCUGGCUUCUGUGUGUGAAGCUGAGCGAGCCUCUGGUGUGUGGAUAGACAGGGGUGGGGGGUACACAGUGGACCUGUCCUAAGGUACGGUGGAUGAGUAUUUCACAUGCACCCCCAUUUUGCUUAAAAUAAACUUAAUCAACUGAGCCACUGGCUCAGUUGUCAUUCUCA